GAUCCGUCUUUUUAUUAUUGUUUUGCUCAUCAUCUGUCCCCUGAGUGCGGACCCUGGACACCUGGACUGGUCUCAGGGUAACCGUCCGGGGCUAGGAGGAGAUUCCAGUUUUUUGCCGGGAGUGGGCAAUAAUAUGUCCAGGCGAAAACAGGCCAACCCCUUCAAAGUUGACUGGCCAUUCCACACUUCAGGCAUCACAGGACUUCAGCACACUAUUAACAUGGAUGGCAGGGACGAGUUCACCGAAGACAGUGAAUGCUGCAGCAACAACUCCCAGGAAAUCCAAGAGCAGGAUAGCAUCUCAGAAGACAGUGAUAGUGACCCUGACAACCACGGUGAAGACUCAUCCUCCAACACCUCCGCCGACGACCACAUGACCACCAAGAGAUCGCAGUGCCGCCUGCAAGGAGCGGGAGUCAAAGAGGAGAGCGAGGAAGGGGCAGAUCACGGCAGCAGCUUUGUUUGUCCUCUCUGCACGCUGGACUUCAGCAGCCCCGAGAAGCUCAUCUCUCAUGUCUACCAGCACACAACUAUGAUGAGCAACACCAAGAGCUAUGUGUGCCCAGUGUGUGGGCGAGCCCUGAGUUCGCCUGGCUCUCUUGGACGGCAUCUUCUCAUCCACUCCGAGGACCGCCUCUCCAACUGCGCUGUCUGUGGCGCACGCUUCACAGACACCAACAACUUUAACAGGGAGAAGCUUAAAGAUGUCCUCGACACAACCAGGAUGGACAUCACCGGUGGAAGGGACGCCUGUUCCAUGUCCCAUUCCCUCUCCAGCAGCCCCAUGACCAGCCCGGGCCCCGGCGCUUGCUCCUGCCACGGACCAGGCCCCAGUUCAUGCCAGGGCCCGCGCCCCUGUGAAGGACCUGACCUCAAUCCCAACCUAUGUCAAGCCCAUCGCACCUGCCAGGGACCAGGCCACGUCUCGAGCCAGUGUCACGGCCCGGGACCAUGCACAGGUUCUGACCAAGGACCCUCCUUUCCCUCACUACCCGACAGUCUCCUCUCUGAAGGUCCGUCACUCACAUCUAUCCCUGAUGCGCUUAACUCCUCCUCUUCGAGCCUUCCUCCUAUCCCCGACAUCCUGAGCCCAAUGCCCGUGUAUCCCGCUGGGGUGCUGCUGGUGUGCAACAGCUGCGUGGCCUAUCAGCAGCUAGUGGAGGCCCAGUCGCCGAUGCGGAAAUGGGCUCUGCGGAGGAAGAACGAACCCCUGGAGGCCCGCUUGCAGCGUCUAGAGCGCGAGCGCACGGCGAAGAAGAACAAGCGGGCGUGCGAGACGGAAGAGGAGAGGGAAAUGAGGAGGCUGCGGGACCGCGAGGCCAAACGCAUGCAAAGGAUGCAGGAGUCCGAGGAGCAGCGGGCGCGCAGGCUGCAGAGAGACAGGGAGGCCAUGCGUUUGAAGAGGGCCAACGAGACCCCGGAGAAGAGGCAGGCCAGGCUGAUCCGCGAGAGGGAGGCGAAGAGGAUCAAGCGACGGCUGGAAAAGAUCGACCCUGCUCUGAGGACACAGAUAGAGCACGACCCUGCUGCGAUGGCUGCCCUCACAGCAGACAUGAGUCUCUUUCAGUUCCCCUGCCCUAUGCCUGUCCCUUCCAUUGAUAAUGGUCUGUUCAUGAAGCUGCCCUAAUUGGACCAGGCCACUCCGGGAGGGGGAAACCAAUUGGCUUCUAGCAGCAUCAUUAACCUGUGCACUCUGCCAUCAGGCUGCCAUGGUCACAGCGAACCAUUCCAGGCUGGUUCACUUCCAGCCUCUUCAGCUUCACACUCAAACUGCUUUGUUAAAUACAGCAAAAACUACUUCAGUUUCUAAUUUAUUACAGUGUAGAAAGCCUUGGGAACAGGGUUGAGAAUGUUUCAUGUUGUAUGGAUGAUGACAUAAAAGCAUGUUGUAAAGAGAUUUAUCUGUUCGUCAGUGGGCUAGCAGAUUUAACACACUUCAUUCUAGUUGGAGCAGUUAUACUUCCUUUGAGGAAAAAAAAAAAAAAAGUUUUUG